AUGGCAGACUCCGAUUCCGAUUCCUCUCUCAGCGACACAACCGACCUCGCUACUAACGUCCUGCUCGGCUAUGCCUCCAAAGACCCCACCAUAGACGACUUCAGCCAGCUCGGCGGACAACCAACAUGGCUUGACAAAUCUUAUACCCCCGAUGGUCGACUAGCGAAAUGCAAAGUCUGUAACAGCGUCCUGUGUCUACUUCUACAAUUGAAUGGAGAUUUACCGGAGCGCUUUCCAGGGCAUGAGAGGAAGGUCUAUGUGUUUGGGUGCAGGAGGAAGGCGUGUAGGCGCAAGGAGGGGAGUGUGAGGGCGAUCAGGGCGGAGAGGAGGUAUGAGAUGGCUACGGAUGGUGAAAGAGAGACGAGGAACGGGGAGAGGGCAGAGGAAAAGAAGGUGAAUCUGGGAGAGACCUUAUUUGGUGCUAAAGCGCCUACAGCUGCGCAGAGUAAUCCGUUCGCUUCUGGACCUUCUACGGGGCCAGCAAAUCCCUUCGCGGCAAAAACAGCAGCUCCGGCGUCAAAUCCUUCUCCAGGUCAGGAGCCUGCUUCAUCAGCGACAGCAACAGACAACCUGGCCGAAAGCUUCGCACAGAAAGCUCGUAUCUCCUCCGACUCGCGUCCCGCCGCACCCACUCCACCACCUAGCACACCGGAACGCUGGCCCGAAGACCCCAAACCCUACACUCGCUACCAUCUCGACGCCGACACAGAAUACCUCGACCCAACCUUCGGAGCCGACGACGUGCCUUCCAACGCGCGCGUCGAAACGAACGGCGAAGGGAGCUCCAGCAGUGCUGCCGAAGACAAAGCGCUCUUCGAAAGCACAAUGGACAAGACCUUCCAACGUUUCGCGGACCGACUGUCGCAGAAUCCAGAGCAGGUGCUUCGAUAUGAAUUUGGGGGCCAGCCGUUGCUCUAUGCGAGGACCGAUACGGUGGGCAAGAUGCUUGCGCCUGCUGCUGAGGGUGGAAGGAUCCAGACGUCUGGAGCGACAUUCGCUAGCUCAUUGAAAGUCCCUCGGUGUGGGAACUGCGGCGCUGGUAGGGUUUUUGAGUUGCAGCUUACGCCGCAUAUGAUUGCUGACCUGGAGGCGGAUGACCCGGCAAUCGAUGGGAUGGAGUGGGGCACCAUCAUCGUCGGCGCGUGUGGCGAAGACUGUCAGGAGAAGGAGAAGACGGUGGGCGAAGUUGGGUAUCUGGAGGAAUGGGUCGGCGUUCAGUGGGAGGAGGUUGCCGAUCAUCGUGCGAGGAGAUAG